AUCACCAAGACAAGCAUGUGUCCAAUCAAGUCUCCCAUCCCCUCCCCUCAGAGGGUCAGCAGAGUCCAGAAGUCGGGAGAAAUGGUCAAGAAAUGUGAUCUGCGGAGUUGGCACGAGUCUGGCUGAGUUGGUAGGGUCCUGAUUGAUCGAGGGAAUGUGAGCCUCAGUACUGAUGGAGGUAGUGAUAAUGCCUGUUGGUAUAAAUACUGUGUCCAUGCCAGCAGGCUGGGCUUGUGGUGUGGGGAUCCACACGCGAUGCAGAGGGAAGUCUCCGUGUCGGAGCAGGUGGCGCGAGCCGCCAUGUUCCACUGGUCGCCCUGGCAGCGUAGCGUACCGCCGAUUUCUGCGGGACGGGCGGGUUUCCACGCGUACUCCAUGCACUGGGGCUCCCCGCAGGCCGAGUAUGCUGUACAGUGCUGGGAGAGUUUCUCAACCACCACUAACUUUCCUGCCGUCAGGACCACGCACCAACUGACUAACGUAAACCAGCUGAUGAGGAGAGAGGACAGCAUUCUGUCAGAAAACUCUACUGGUACCAACUGGGAAACUUGUCUUAACUUCUCACAACCUCAUUGCAGAUACACCAGUGAUGGUGGUGUUCAGCCCCUCCCCAGUAUGGAGACUGUGGCAGGCAGUCCGUCCACGGAGGUGGUUCUACUGGAGGGUCCAGCUGUGAUGGAGGACAGCACCAAACCACUGGACUCUCCUGGCAGGGCUGUGGACGCUCAGACAACCAAGAACCAAGGCAAACAUGUUGGUGAGCCAGACCAGGUGGUAAUAGACAGUCCUGUGGUAGAAGAAGCAACAGAAGUUGUGACGACCAGCUCCAUAGUGGAGGUGCAGGCUCUGUCAGAACAGAUCCCGGAUCACAACAACUCCCAGCAGCACAACAACGGAAACCACCGCAGGAAACAGCAGAACCCUCGGGCUGCCAAAUAUCAGCUGCAGAACCCUGCAGGCACAGAGAACAUACAGCAGGGCCUGCACUGGGCUGCAGUGGAAACACAGGUGCUGUCUCCAGCCAGCAUGAUGCACCAGCUGUACAUCGCAGUCCCCAACUCCUCGGACCCCAUGGAUGAUGAUGAUGAUAUCGUGAUGGUCAAACCUGCUGGUUCCCUCACGAAGAGGGAGAGAGACAAACUCAAGAAACGGGAGCUGAGAUCCAACCCAAUUUACAGAGAGAAGGAAAAGGAGAGAGCGAGGGAACGAAUGAGGCUGAAGCGAGCUGAUCCAAACUUCCGCGCCGUGGAACGGGAAAAGGACAGGAAACGGCGGCGACUCGCCAGACAAAGGAAUGAACUCCUGAGGAGAUUUGAACACAACAAGAUCAGGACAUUAAACGGCCUGGACCCUGCAGAUCUACCUGUGUCUGUGACAACGUGUCAGGACAGUUCACCUGGACAGUACUAGUCAUACCAGCAUCUGCCUCCAGAUGGAUCUAGUUAAAGGAGUACGUUGGCAGAACGUACUGCACCUGUGCGAAACCAGUAAUGUAUUGUGCAUAGCACUUUGGCAGAAUGUCUCA